AUGGAGGUAACACCAGAGUCUCUGAAAGCCAAGAUCAAACAACAGGGGGAAAAAAUAAAAAUGUUAAAGGCGCAAAAUGCCGAAAAAAGCAUGAUAGAUGCAGAACUUGCUAUUCUUUUAGAUUUACAAAAGCAGCAGGCCUCUCUCACCGGAGAUGAAGGUAACACCAAGGGCAAGAAUAAAUUUACUCUGAAAACACCGAAGGGUACACGCGAUUACAAUGAAAAGGAAAUGGCAAUUCGUGAAAAAGUCUUUUCUACGAUCAUUUCGGUUUUCAAAAAACACGGUGCCGUGACUAUUGACACACCGGUUUUUGAAUUGAAAGAAAUUCUCUCCGGAAAAUAUGGAGAAGACAGCAAACUUAUUUAUGAUCUCGAGGAUCAAGGGGGUGAAAAGUGUUCAUUACGUUACGAUCUAACUGUCCCAUUUGCGAGAUUUCUGGCCAUGAACGGAGCUCAAUAUCAAAAUAUAAAAAGAUAUCAGAUUGCAAAAGUUUAUCGGAGAGAUCAACCAGCCAUGACAAAGGGUCGUAUGCGAGAAUUCUAUCAAUGUGAUUUUGAUGUCGCUGGUGUUUUUGAUCCAAUGAUUGCUGAUGCCGAAGUUGUGAAGAUUAUGAGUGAAUGUUUAACUGCACUUGAUAUUGGUAAAUAUACAAUUAAGAUAAAUCACCGUAAAAUUCUCGAUGGAAUUUUUCAAGUAUGCGGCGUUCCUGAAGAAAGAAUCAGGCCUAUCUCCUCUGCUGUGGACAAAUUAGAUAAGUUACCGUGGGAGGAAGUUAAGAGAGAAAUGGUCGAGGACAAGGGCUUGGAUCCUGAGGUCGCCAACCGUGGUAAAGAACUCUUGGGAGAACUUUUCCAAAAUCAAGAAUUAAUUGCCAAUAAAAGCGCUAAAUCUGGUUUGGACGAUAUGGCGCUUCUUUUCAAGUAUUUAGAAAUAUUUGGCAUAUUAGGCGAGAUAUCGUUCGAUCUUAGUCUUGCUAGAGGAUUGGAUUAUUAUACAGGAAUCAUUUAUGAAGCAGUUACAGAACAAUCUGGACCUCCAAAACUCGGGGAUGGUACUCAAGUUGUUCGGAAGUCUAAGAAAGAUUCAGAGGAUCUUGAUGAGUCAACAGUGGGGGUGGGUUCAAUUGCUGCUGGUGGUCGUUACGAUAACCUGGUCGGAAUGUUUGCUAGUAGUAAAAAAGGUAACAUACCUUGUGUGGGGGUUUCUAUCGGAGUAGAAAGGGUUUUUUCUAUUUUGUUGCAAAAGGUUGCGCUUGAACAAGUCAAAGCAAAUGAGGUUGAAGUUUUCGUGAUAGCCGUCGCUGAUGGGUUACUAGAGGAUAGAAUGAAGAUAUGUGCUGAAUUAUGGGAUGCUGGUAUAAAGGCUGAAUUCAUGUACAAAAAUAAGCCAAAACUACAACCUCAAUUUUCUGUAUGUGAUCGCGAACAAAUUCCUUUGGCAGUUAUUAUUGGCCGGGAUGAAUUGAAUCGUGGUGAAGUCAGGAUUAAAGAUAUGAGAUCUAAAGAACAAGGCGAAGGUGGUGGCUUCUCUGUGAAGCGUGAUGAAAUGAUAAAUGAAUUAAAAAAGAGAUUAGGAAAAUUAUAG